AUGCCUCCUCUCAACAGCGCUCAGAAGGCGCUCGUUGCGCAGUUUGUUGCAGCUACGGGAGCCAACGAGAAGACUGCACAAAGGUUCCUCAAGAAUGCCAAUUACAGACUGGAAGUCGCCGCCGAUACAACAUCGGGCGUGGGAGCAGCCAAGCUUGUGCAUUGUGUUCUGGCGCGCGUCAAUAUGCUCAAAAAGCUCUUGGUCAAGAUCACGCGUCGGGACUCCAAGCAGAGUGGGAGUGACCCCCCGACAUCCUCGCCACCACCCCCCCGGUCCACGAUACCUAUCGCAGAACAUCAAACCCCGACCCCGGUGCACUCAAUAACCCCGGAGGCCAUGCCCAAGCGAAAGCAGGCUGCGCAAGGCGCAAGAAACACUGCACGUUACCUCAGCAGUGGUGGCGGUGCGGAUAGUGGACGUGUCGCGGCCAUUGAGAAGGCGUACGAUGACCUCGUCACCCCAGCACGCGGCGACAGCAAGGAGUCCCUCUCUGCCGAGACCACCCAAGAGUACCUCGAGGCUCUAGGUGUCAACAUGGAGGAUGCCGAGCAGUUCGUGGUGAUGGAGCUUGUCCAGUCGCCCAGCAUCGGCGAGAUCACCCGCAAUGGUUUCGUUAGCGGAUGGGCUGCUACCGACCUCUCCACCUUCGGCAAGACCGCCCAGAAGAACCACGUUCGCCGCCUCAUCAACCAGCUGUCUUCUGACCCCGCCCUCUUCAAGAAGGUCUACCGCCACUCCUUCAUCGCAGGCAAGGAGGCUAGCCAGAAAUCAAUUCCCCUCGAGCACGCCCUUGUCUACUGGCAGCUGCUUUUCGCGCCCCCCGGCCGCCCCUGGAAGUCUGCCAACCGCGACUGGGCCAAGUUGUGGGAGCAGUUCCUAACCGAGAAGUGGACGCGCUCCGUCAACAAGGAUAUGUGGAACAUGACGCUGGAGUUCGCCAACAAGUCGAUGGAGGACGAGGCUCUGAGCUUCUAUAGCGAGGAAGACUCGUGGCCAGCCGUCGUUGACGACUUUGUGGCCUGGCACCGCAAGCAGGAGCAGGCGGAGGCCAUGGAGGUAAACUAA